CGCUGUGUGGUGUUGCGGUUUUUGAAGUCCCCCCCAAACCAGAACAAGACUUCAGAGGAAAUACUACACCAUCUGCAAAACAUUGUGGACUUUGGAAAACAUGUUAUGAAGCAGUUCUUUGGGGAGAACUAUGUUCACCAUGGGGAAAUUAUUCAACUGCCUUUGGACUUUGUAAGACAGCUCUGCUUAAAAAUUCAGCCAGAGAGGCCAGAGUCUCGCUGUGAUAAAGAUAUGGACACUCUUAGUGGUUAUGCCAUGUGCCUUCCUAACCUGACCAGGCUGCAGACCUAUCGUUUUGUGGAACACCGGCCGAUCCUCUGCAUAGAGAUUAAGCCAAAGUGUGGCUUCAUUCCUUUUUCCAGCCAUGUUUCACAGGAGAUAAAGCACAAGGUGUGUCGUUACUGUAUGCAUCAGCAUCUAAAGGUAGCAAAUGGAAAAUGGAAGCGACCAAGUAAAUACUGCCCAUUGGAUCUCUUCUCAGGAAAUAAACAGAGAAUGCACUUUGCUUUGAAGAGCUUAUUACAGGAGCCACAGAACAACUUGAAAAUAUUUAAGAAUGGGGAACUAAUUUAUGGCUGUAAAGAUGACCAGGACUGUGUCUCUGACUGGAAUGAACUUGCUCGUCACUUAAAACCUUUCUUUUUUCCUUCCAAUGGGUUGGUCAGUGGACCACACUGCACAAGGACAAUUGUUAAAGAACUAAUCCAUGUUAUAACUAUGACGCUACUAAGUAGUACUGAUGCCUGCAGGGCAGGUGAUAUGAAGACAGUUCCCAUUUCACAAGGAAGAAGCUACUGUGAAGCAAGUGCAUUUAAUAAGGAGCUAGUGAGAAAUGGUAAACAUAAAUUGGAAAGCUCUGGCUUACCGAGGGGUUGUCUCCUUUAUAAAACCCUUCAGGCUCAGAUGCUGGACAUGCUGGAUAUUGAAGGACUCCAUCCUUUGUACAGUAGAGUUGAACAGUACUUAGAGGAAUUUCCUGAAGAGAGAAGUACGUUACAGAUAGAUGGACCUUACAAUGAAGCAUUUUAUGAGAAGCUGCUGGAUCUUUCAACUGAAGAUGACGGGACAGUAGCAUUUGCGUUAACAAAGGUGCAGCAGUACAGAAUAGCAAUGACUGCUAAAGACUGUUCCCUCAUGAUUGCCCUUUCACCCUGCCUGCAAGAUGAAUGCUCUGAGCAAAGACCUGUGGUACUCACAUCCAAAUCGAGAUUCACCUUUUCUGUUUCUGUGCUGGACCUUGACCUAAAACCAUACGAAAGCAUUCCCCACCAGUACAAACUGGACAGCGAGAUAGUUAACUAUUAUUUGAAGAAUGUACAGGCCAAAGAUGACCCAGUGAUGUCCACUCUCUUCAAGGAGAAUGAAGACUGCACAUUAGUUCUCCAUAAGGUGUAACCAUUUCCUUAAGGUUCUUUUUAUUCAAACACAUUAGAAAAUGAAAGAUUAAUGGAAUACAGUUACGGUGGGUUUUUUCCCUAUUGUAUUCAGUGCAUCUUUCAGCUGUGAAUGUUUUUGCUUUCAGAAAUGAUUUUUAAUUGGUAUGCCUUUCAAAGACAUGGAAUAGCACUAAACCACGUUUGCUAUAUAGCCUCAAUGAAUGUAUUUAAUACGACAGAACAGAUAACGUGUCAUACCUUGGAACUAGAGGACAGAUGUGAUUAAUACUAAAAGUUGAAUUCCUUCUUAGAAUUGAAAGAGCACAGAAAGAAAGGUUUCCUAAGUACUGCACUAACAUAGAAAGCCUAAUUACUAACAAGAGAAUUGCCUUGGAGCUUGUGCUCUGAGCCUCACUCAUACCCACUAGAAGAGUGACAAAACCUAACACAACAUUUUAGCAUUA